GAAACAGAGGGCCACUUACCAGCUUUCUCAGCUUCAACUGUACCAUCUGGACCAACAAGCCACCACAGAGGAAGCAUGUCGUCACCCAGAGUGGGCGUGGUCAGAGACUCCAUGUUGACCAAUCCGCUGCACAUCAAGGCACCUCUGGGUCAGACCCGGUCCAGAGGUCUGUCACUUCCUGGUCCAGAGUUCACUUUCGGAAUCAGCAGCGGCUCGCUGGGAGAUGGAGGCGUGGCUGAGGCUCUGUCCAGCUGGAGGGUUCAGUCCCAACGUGGACACUCUGCUCCUCACCGACCGCUCGUUCCGGACUUCGUGUCUCUGAACCGGGACGCGGUGAAGUCCGGCCUGGUGACGUCCAAAGAGCUGAGUCAGUACCGGGCUCAGAGGGGCAGGGAAAGGAGACAGAACCCCGCCCCCAAACACCAAGGGGGCGUGGCUUCACAGCGCCCGGUGGUGCCUGACAUCACACACGGAGUCACAACCAGGCUGUCGUCUCCGUUCUCAGACCUCAUCUCUCAUCAGUACGCUCAACGCUGGAAGGACAAGCAGAUGAGCAGGAAUCUAACCGACAACCACAAAUGGCUGCAGAGGGUGAAACCAGGAGGUAUCCCUGAGACCAGGACCAGUCUGCUGAGGAGGAGCAGAUCUCUGCCCGUCACACACACACCAAUCACUCUGCCAACCCUCACACAG